GUCUUCUGGUCUUGCUACGGUGAUACUGGAGUUUAAGAUAAGUAUGGGUUUGAAUUGUACUCUUACUAAUUGUAUGCUUCAGUUGGAAGCUAAAGAUAACGCUCUUUCCCAAGUCUUGUCUUCUCAGUCAGAAUCUGUAAUUGCUUCUAGUCUUUCAAAGCAUAUUAGAUUAUCUAAUCAAGUUUUAGAUGAUAAUGAAACACUAAAUAAUUAUUUUGCUAAACCAUUAAAUAACAAUCAACAAAAAAAACUUAAUUAUCUUUUAUUGCAUGCAACAAUUUCAUGUAGAUUCGCAUUUCAGUGGGUAGAAGAUUCUGAAAUCAAAGCCCUUUUUAAAUUUGUAAAUCCUGCAAUAAAACUUCCCAGAAGGUCGGUUCUUUCAGGAGCAGAAGAUAUAAGCAGAACAAGAUCCUGUUGGCCUGAUAUUAUUGCAAAAACUAAACAUCUUCUUUCAGAAAUAGAACAAGAAAAUAUUCAAAUAAAUGCUAUGAAUCUUGCACAUAAAAUUAAAGAAUUUGAUGAUAACGAUUUACAUGAUUUUCCUGAUGAUAUAUUGUCAAAUCUUAUUUCACCAACAUGUGGUUUUAAUGACAAGUUUACAUUACGAAAUGAAACAAAUAAUCUAAGCAAAGGUUAUAGAAUAAAUGCAAGUCGUGAGAGAUUUGAAAAUUAUAAAGAAUUUGAAUGUAAUGAAGAAAGCAAUCACGAAGAAAAUAAUAAUUUUAGUGAAAGCAGAACUUACUGUAAUGUGUCAUCUGAAGAAGAUACAGAUAUAGAUAUCAAUAAUAAAGCUGAUGACCAAGUGAAUUCAGUAGAUUCGUGGAGAUGUUUG